GCUCAUGCUCCCCCCUUCAGCUCCGGCUGGUGGUUGCUCCCGGCGCAGGGUGAUGACGCGCGGCGGCCGGGCGGGCUGCGGGAUGGAGCCGCUCGAUGGAGUCCUGGGAGCGGCUGGAGCUUCACCCCCGGCUCGGCGCCGCGGUGCGCAGAGCUAAACUGAAGUCGAUCCGGGACGUUCUCACUGUUUCCGGCCCGGACCUGCAGCGGCUCACCGGCCUGUCCCGCUCCGACGUCCAGCACCUGCUGCACGCCGCCGCCACCGCCUGCAGGGCGCACGCCCCCGUCCCAGCCCUCCUGCUGUCCCGGGGUGAGUGUGGCAGGUUGGAUCCCGGCCUGCGGCUGAGCCUGGCGUGUCCCGUGCUGGACGGGCUGCUGCGGGGGGGUCUGCCGGUGGGCGUGUCGGAGCUGGCGGGGCCCAGCGGGGCGGGGAAGAGCCAGCUGGCCCUGCAGCUCUGCCUGGCGGUGCAGUACCCGCCCCGGCACGGCGGCCUGGACGCAGGUGCAGUGUAUAUCUGUACUGAAGACUCGUUUCCCAUCCGGCGCCUGCAGCAGCUCAUCAGUCAGCAGGCCAGCCUGAGGGCGGAGCUUCCGCCUGACGUCAUCAGCAGCAUCCGCUUCAGCGACAACGUCUACAUCGAACACGCCGCCGACCUGGCUGCUCUGCAGGCCUGUGUCACUCGGCGGGUGCCCCUCCUGCUGGCGAGGGGCGUGGCCAGGCUGCUGGUGGUCGAUUCGGUGGCGGCUCUGUUCAGGUCCGACUUCCAGGCUGCUGAUUGGCUGGAGAGGACACAGCAGCUGCUGAAGUUCUCCACCGCCCUGCAGCGACUCAGCCACGAAUACAACACACCUGUCCUGUGUGUCAACCAGGUGACCGACGUGCUCGGCGGCUCGGAGCUCCCGCCCUGCAGCCUGAGCAUGCUGAACACAAAGGUGUCCCCGGCCUUGGGCCUGGCGUGGGCCAAUCAGGUGCUGGUGCGGCUGAUGAUGGUGCGUCUCCAGGGAAGCGUUGCCGUGGGCGACCAGCACAGCGCCCCCCGCAGGCUGGAGGUGCUGUUCGCCCCUCACCUGCCCCGCGCCGCCUGCACCUGUGCCGUGUGGAGGGAGGGGGUGCGGGGCCUCACACACACUACAGACAUGACGGACACACACACACACACACACACACACACACACACACACACACAGUCAGCUGAUGUGAGCUGAGAUGUUUUGUUUGUUGUUGUUGUUUUGUUAAUAUUUCUUGUUGUUGUUAUAUCAGCAGCAGCUGAUGGAAGAGAUUCUGUAAUUAAACAAAAUAAACAUUUCUGAAAACGG